GAGAUACGUUCAAGUCCGUCAGGGGGAAUCACCACCAAAAAACAAACGUUUCCCACACAAAAAAAUACGUGAAAAUACCAAAAGAGAACAUUCAGCCCGUUACAUCAUGUUGUCAGGCUUGACGUUCAUAUUGCUAUUAUUUCGUCUGAGCACAUCAGUGGUUGAUUAGCUGUUUAAAAACACCUGCUCUACUCAUUAGUUAGUGUGUGGGUCGAAUUAUUUUAGUGCUACGACGGAACCAAAACACACCGAACUGCACACAACGUGUUAAGGAGAUGUAGUGCCAAUGGUGAUUUGUGUGAGCUGCAUGCCAGUGAGCGAGGUGCAGCACACAGUGAGCGUGACGUCCGGCACUUCGGAUUCCACAACCCGUAUCAAUAACUAUCACCACUGCUUCGUACCGGACCUCAAUCUCUCAGAGGAGUGGAGGAAAAGCAUUAUACCAAAAACAGUGCUGAAUGGAAAACAGGAACUAAGCAGAUGCAGCAGAUACAGACUUGAUGUCGUCCAGAAUCUCUCUGAUGGAGGAUUUAUUCCUGGCAGAGACAUCAACCUCACCGACCUGGAGGAGGAGCGAUGUGUGGACGGCUGGAGCUACAGCACAGAUACUUACCUCUCCAAUGUAGUGACAGAGUUUGACUUGGUCUGCAGUAACCAGUGGGCGCAGCCGUUUACCACUUCAGUUUUCUUUAUCGGAGUUCUUGUUGGAUCCUUCUUCUCGGGACAGCUGUCGGACAGGUACGGACGAAAACCUAUUCUAUUUGCAACGAUGGCUGCACAAACAAUAUUUACCUUUGCUCAAGUCUUUUCUACCUCAUGGACCAUGUUUGUCAUUCUCCUCUUCUUCAACGGACUGGGACAAAUAUCCAACUUUGUUGCAGCUUUAGUUCUUGGUGCUGAGCUUUUGACUGGUAACGUGCGUAUCCUUUAUUCAUCUAUGGGCACAUGCUUAGGCUUUGCUGUUGGAUACAUACUGCUUCCUGUCGUCGCUUACUUUUUGAGGGAUUGGAAAUCUCUCCUCAUGGCUCUCUCGCUCCCUUGUCUGGCCUACAUCCCCCUCUGGUGGCUUCUCCCAGAGUCUCCUCGGUGGCUUCUGUCUCAAGGCAGAGUAAAGGAAGCCGAGGCUGUAAUCAGAAAAGCUGCUCGAUGGAACAAAGUUCAAGCUCCAACAGGCAUCUUUGAAACUUACAGUGUUAAAGAGACAAAAUCUGACAAGGAACCAAGCAGCGUGUUGGACCUUUUCAGGAACAGCAGCAUCAGAAUCACAACUCUCGUCCUCUGCUUGGUGUCCUUCGCCAUGACGACUGGCUACUACAGUCUGUCGUUUAACACGGCUCAGCUCCACGCUGACCCCUACGUGAGCUGCUUCAUCGCCGCAGUGGUGGAGAUCCCUGCAUACGUCUCCAGCUGGAUCGCACUCAGAUUCCUUCCCCGUCGACUUUCUGUCUCUGGGACGUUGAUCCUUGGAUCUCUGCCGCUGUUCGUAUUACUGCUGGUGCCAGAAGAGCUGUUUGGUGUUUCUCUUGCGCUGGAGAUGGUGGGUAAGUUCGCUUUCACGACCGGGGCCUCCCUGAUGUUCGCCUACACCACAGAGCUUUACCCAACAUCCCUGAGGAACACCGCGACAGGGACAACCACCACAGUUUCCAGGACUGGAAGUUGCAUCAGUCCUUUUCUGUUAAGUCUUGGUGGAUACUUCAGCUAUUUGCCUUAUGUGACUAUUGGCUCCCUGGGAGCUGCUACUGCCUUUGUUGCUCUUUUGCUUCCAGAGACUUUUAAGCAACCGCUGCCUGAAACCCUUCAACAAAUGCAUGAAAGACAAAGGUCCAAAUGUCCCUGCAUCCAAAAAACUGAAGCCUCAGAACCAGUCGUGUUACCAGACAGUCCUCUGUGACUGAGUGUUGCUGGUUCAGCU